UGCGUUCGUUACGUCUCGUCUCGAUUACUGUAACGUAUUAUUUUCGGGCCUCCCUAUGUCUAGCAUUAAAAGAUUACAGUUGGUACAAAAUGCGGCUGCAAGGCUUUUGACAAAAACAAGAAAGUUCGAUCAUAUUACGCCUAUACUGGCUCACUUGCACUGGCUUCCUGUGCACUUAAGAUGCGACUUUAAGGUUUUACUACUUACGUAUAAAAUAUUACACGGUUUAGCUCCAGCCUAUCUCGCCGAUUGUAUUGUACCAUAUGUCCCGACAAGAAAUCUGCGUUCGAAGAACUCCGGCUUAUUAGUGAUUCCCAGAGCCAAAAAAAAAAAAGUCUGCGGGCUAUAGAGCGUUUUCUAUUCGGGCUCCAGUACUCUGGAAUGCCCUCCCGGUAACAGUUAGAGAUGCUACCUCAGUAGAAGCAUUUAAGUCCCAUCUUAAAACUCAUUUGUAUAAUCUAGCCUUUAAAUAGACCCCCCCUUUUUUAGACCAGUUGAUCUGCCGUUUCUUUUCUUCUCUCCUCUUCUCCCCUGUCCCUUGCGAGGGGGAGUUGCAUAGGUCCGGUGGCCAUGGAUGAAGUGCUGGCUGUCCAGAGCCGGGACCCCGGGUGGACCACUAGCCUGUGCAUCGGUUGGGGACAUCUCUGCGCUGCUGACCCGUCUCCGCUCGGGAUGGUUUCCUGUUGGCCCCGCUGUGGACUGGACUCCCGCUGAUGUGUUGGAUCCACUGUGGACUGGACUUUCACAAUGUUAUGUCAGACCCACUCGACAUCCGUUGCUUUCGGUCUCCCCUAGAGGGGGGGGGGUUACCCACAUAUGCGGUCCUCUCCAAGGUUUCUCAUAGUCAUUCACCGACGUCCCACUGGGGUGGACAUGUGUGGAAUCUGGGCGGUGUUUGGCAGCGAGAGCUGCAUGUCUCUGCACUGCAGCAACGCCAUGAAGAUCGCUCACCGAGGACCUGACGGCUUCCGCUUUGAGAGCGUGGAGGGGAUGACCAACUGCUGCUUCGGCUUCCACCGCCUGGUCAUCCAGGAGAAGCUGCACGGCAUGCAGCCUCUACAUGGCAUGCAGCCCCUACGUGUCGACAAGUUCCCCUUCCUGUGGCUCUGCUACAACGGAGAGAUUUACAACCAUCGCUUGCUGAGCAAACAUUUUGACUUUGAGUGCCAGACUGAAAUAGACGGAGAGAUCCUGCUUCAUCUUUACGAUCGCUUCGGUAUCGAGAAGGCGGCAACUCUGCUGGAUGGAACCUUUGCCUUCGUGCUCCUGGACACGGCCAACAGGAAGGUGUUCCUGGGCAGAGACACCUACGGAGUGCGGCCCCUCUUCCGACUGCUCACCCACCAUGGGCUGCUGGCCGUCAGCUCCGAAGCUAAAGGUCUGGCAGACAUGACUCCUGCUGCUAAGAUCAUUCCUUUCCUGCCGGGACACGUGGAGGUGUUUGACUUGAAGGCCGGCGGCAAAGUGGAGUCUCUUCAGAUGAAGGCAUUUCACGAGUGCACCAAGGAGCCCUACCAUGUUCUCUGUGACGCUGUGGGUCGUCUGCCAACAAGUCUGGAUGAAGAAAGUGUCAAGGACAACAUCAGAACCUUGUUUGAAAAUGCGGUGAGGAAACGUCUGAUGGCCAAAAGGAGGAUCGGCUGUCUUCUCUCAGGAGGUCUGGAUUCCAGCCUGGUUGCCGCAACUCUGGUGAAGCUGGCCAAAGAAGAAGGUCUGCAAUAUCCCGUCCAAACAUUUGCCAUCGGAUCAGAAGACAGCCCAGACAUCUUAGCUGCCCGGAAGGUGGCCGCUCACAUCGGCAGUGAGCACCAUGAAGUCAACUUCAGUGCAGAAGAAGGCAUCAGAGCAGUGGAGGAAGUCAUCGUCAGCCUCGAGACCUACGACAUCACCACCAUACGCGCCUCCGUCGGCAUGUAUUUGAUUAGCAAGUACAUCAGAGAGCAGACAGACAGUGUUGUCAUCUUCUCAGGAGAAGGUUCAGAUGAACUCACUCAAGGUUACAUGUACUUUCACAAGGCUCCAAGUGCGGAGGCAGGAUCAGAAGAAAGUGUUAGACUGCUGAAAGAACUUUACUUGUUUGAUAACCUGAGAGCUGAUCGCACCACUGCUGCACACGGGUUGGAGCUCAGAGUGCCUUUCCUGGACCACAGACUGAGUGCUUACUUCCUGUCACUGCCACCUGAGAUGAGGACUCCAAGGCACGGAGUGGAGAAGUUCCUUCUGAGGGACGCCUUCAAAGGUCAAAAUCUGAUCCCUGAUGAGAUUCUGUGGCGACGUAAAGAAGCCUUCAGUGAUGGAGUCAUGUCGGAGAAGAAGUCCUGGUACAUCUUCCUGGAGGAGCACCUCCACUCUGUGGUGAGCGACGUGCAGCUGGCCAAGGCAAAGGAGAUUUGCACCCACAACCGUCCUCACACCAAAGAAGCGUGCUUCUACCGACACGUGUUUGACACUCGCUUUCCUGGACGUGCUGAUUGGCUGCCUCACUUCUGGAUGCCUCGCUGGAUUGAAGCUAACGACCCCUCAGCUCGCACACUCGCCAUCUACAAGCUCAACUGUAACCACUGAGCAAGUACUACUUACUAGUACUACUUACUAGUACUACUUACUAGUACUACUAAUGCUAAAACAUCAAUAUACUACAUGAUAGAAUGUCAAUAUGAUUGAUGUGAUUUUCAAACUGUGGAAUGCUGGUUCCAAAUAAUCACUUUAUGAAAGUACAGUGUUUUAUUUUUCUAGGUUCCAGUGGUUCUCAAACUUUUUUUCAGGGUUAAAUAGAUAUAUAUAUCUAGCUAGAGA